GUGGCCUCCCAGCGCUGAGAAAGUAGAUUAAAUUAAUCAGAUUAAGUGUUCACGAGGUCUGAAAACGAGCUGCGUUAGCACCCAGAGGGAGGGAACGCUCCACAGAAAACCUGCUGUUAUGGAAGUUUUAUUCACUGAGAGCUGACCUGUGUUCAUCUGAGGUUUGUGGGCCAGAGCCGGGCCCUCCGCUGGUGUGGAGAGGAGGCGUCAUGGGAUCAGGAGGACAGGUCCGACUCCUCCUGUGGAAGAACUGGACCGUCCGCCGGAGGCAACGGAUCCGUUUCUUCAUGGAGAUCAUGUGGCCRGUGGUUCUGUUCAUGGGUCUGGUCUGUCUGAGGAGGGUCAACCCGCUCUACCGUCAACAUGAGUGUCACUUCCCAAACAAGGCCAUGCCGUCAGCAGGGGUCCUGCCGUGGAUCCAGGGGAUCCUCUGCAACGCCAACAACCCCUGUUUCCAGUUCCCGACCCAAGGAGAGUCUCCUGGUCUGGUGUCCAACUACAACAACUCCAUUCUGGCUCGGUUCUACUCGGAUGCUGAUGAGCUCCUCCUCAGUGACCCGGACUUUCUUCAGCUGGGCCGCCUCUGGAGGGAACUGAGCUCCAUGAGCCACUUCAUGGAGACGCUGCGCACUCAUCCUGAGAAGGUCUCAGGUCGGGGAGUAACGGUGGAGACGAUCCUGAAGGACGACGAAACUCUGACGUCAUUCCUGCUGAGAGACGUUCCUCUGACAGAGUCUGUGGUGGAUCAUCUGGUUAAAGCCCAGAUCAGGCCUGAACAGUUUGCCUUUGGGCUCCCAGACCUGCGUCUGAAGGACGUGGCCUGCAGCGUCAGUCUCUUGGAACGGUUCUUGGUGUUCUCGAGUCGUCGYGGACUCUACGCCGUCAGGAACGCCAUGUGUGUCCUGACCCCGCAGCGACUGCAGGUCAUCGAGGACCGCUUCUACGCCAACGUUGACUUCUUCAAACUCCUCCGGCUGCUGCCUCGUGUUCUGGACGGUCACUCUGACGGGAUAAACAUUCACUUCUGGGUCCGAGUCGCGUCCGACGCUUCUGACAAACUGCAAGAGCUGUUCCACAGGAGUAGCUCCAGGGAACUGAUCCAGGCGGUGACUCCUCUGUUCCAGAAGAAUCUGUCCUUCAGGCAGGUGAUGGCUGCCGCCUCCAGCCUGGUGUGUGGCUACACCGAGGGGGCUUUCUCCCGGGUCACCUCCUUCAACUGGUACGAGGACAAUAACUACAAAGCCUUCCUGGGCAUCAGCAGCGGCUGGGCCGACAGCGAGUACACYUACGACAACAGCACCACUCCUUUCUGCAAUGACUUGAUGAAGGAACUGGAGUCCAACCCAGCCACCAGGAUCAUCUGGAAGUCUGUGAAGCCGAUGCUGAUGGGGCGGAUCCUCUACUCUCCGGACUCGCCGGCUGUCAGGCAGAUCAUACGAAACGCCAACACCACAUUUGAGGAGCUGGAGAGGCUGAGGACGAUGGGAAAGGCCUGGGAGGAAGUGGCUCCACAGAUCUGGGCCUUUUUUCAAGACGGAAUCCAAGUCAAGAUGAUCCGGGACACUAUCUGCAAUCCYUCUGUGAUGGAUUUUAUUGACCGGAGUCUGGAAGAGGUGCCAUUUUCCUCCAAACACAUUCUCAACUUCCUGCACAAUGGACCACCAGAGGACCGUGAAGACGGCGUGCCCGAUUUCGACUGGCGAGACAUCUUCAACCUCACUGACCGGGUCAUCCGGAUGCUCAACCAGUAUGGUGAGUGUUUGACUCUUGAUAAAUUCAUGCCUCUGCCUGACGAAGACGCCGUCACCCAUCGAGCCUUGGACUUGUUGGAGGACGGCAAGUUCUGGGCGGGUCUGGUCUUCGUCAACAUGUACCCCUGGAGCACCAGCGUUCCCCCUCACGUUAAGUUCAAGAUCCGUAUGGAUAUCGACACUGUAGAACGCACCAACAAAGUCAAAGACAGGUACUGGGACCCGGGCCCCAGAGCMGACCCUUUGGAUGACCUCCGUUACGUUUGGGGAGGCUUUGCUUACCUUCAGGACAUCAUAGAGCAUGGAAUCAUCAGGACACAGACAGGGAAGGAGUGGCCUUUGGGUGUUUACCUGCAGCAGAUGCCCUACCCUUGUUAUGUGGAUGAUCUCUUUAUGCUCACUCUGAGCCGCUGCUUCCCCGUCUUCAUGGUGCUGGCCUGGGUCUACUCCGUGUCCAUGAUGGUGAAGAGCAUCGUUCUGGAGAAGGAGCUGCGCUUGAAGGAGACCCUGAAGACCAUGGGGGUCACCAACGGUGUCAUUUGGUCCACAUGGUUCACUGACAGCUUCUUCAUGAUGGGCACCAGCACAGCCCUCCUAACCGCCAUCAUCAUGGGAGGAAGGGUUCUGAACUACAGCAACCCAGUCAUCCUCUUCCUGUUUCUGCUCACCUUCACUACAGCUACCAUCAUGCAAUGCUUCCUCCUGAGCGUCUUCUUCAACCAGGCUAACCUAGCGGCAGCCUGCAGCGGCAUCAUCUACUUCAGCCUCUACCUGCCCCACAUCUUCUGCUUUGCCUGGCAGGACCGCAUCACCAAAGAUACCAAGAUCCUGGUGAGUCUGCUGUCCCAAGUGGCAUUCGGUUUCGGUACAGAGUAUCUGUCCCGGUACGAGGAACAGGGCAUGGGUCUGCAGUGGGACAACAUCCAGACCAGCCCCCUGGAGGGAGACGAGUUCUCCUUCCUCACCUCCAUCUGCAUGAUGGGUCUGGACUCGGCGCUGUACGCUGUUCUAGCCUGGUACCUGGACAACGUCUUCCCUGGACAGUAUGGCAUUGGUCGCCCAUUUUAUUUUCCCUUCUUGCCUUGUUAUUGGCUGAAUAGUGUCGCUCCAGCUGCAGGUAARGACAAGAUGGAGCUGGAGAAAAAAGGCUUUGAUAACCUGGUAAAUAAGGAACAAGGAGAGCUGCAGAAAAAACCAGAGGAGAAAYAUCAGGUCCAACCCAAAUCCAAGGAGGAGACCCCCUCAUGUGAGCACCAUGACGAGACGCUGGGGAAGGAGAACCAGGAGAACCAUGAACAGUCUUUCUUUGAGGCAGAGCCAGCAGAUCUGAUGAAGGGAGUUUGCAUCCAAAACCUGGUCAAAGUGUUUUGCGGUUCCUCCACACCAGCUGUGGAUGGCCUCAGCAUCAACUUCUACGAGAGCCAGAUUACUGCCUUUCUGGGACACAAUGGAGCUGGAAAAACCACCACCAUGUCCAUCUUGACAGGAAUUUUCCCACCCACCUCUGGGACAGCCACCAUUUACGGCAAGGACAUCCACACAGACAUGGACAGUAUUCGUAUGUCUCUAGGAAUGUGUCCUCAACAUAACAUACUUUUCCAGCAUUUGACUGUGGAAGAACACAUUCUCUUCUACUCGCUACUGAAAGGCCGUCCAAUGGCCGAAGCCGAGGAAGAGGUUGAGAACAUGGUGCAGGAUCUGGGCCUUCCCCACAAAAGGGCUGAYCUGAUCCAGAAUCUCUCAGGGGGCAUGCAGAGAAAGRUGUCUGUCGCUCUGGCUUUUGUUGGUGGAGCCAAGGUGGUGAUCCUGGAUGAGCCCACCUCRGGAGUGGACCCUUACUCCAGACGAUCAAUUUGGGACCUACUGCUCAAGUACCGUGCAGGACACACAGUGAUCAUGUCCACUCACCACAUGGACGAGGCAGACCUGCUGAGUGACCGGGUGGCCAUCAUCUCCCGGGGUCGCCUUCAGUGCUGCGGUUCACCCAUCUUCCUCAAGAACUGCUUCGGUGCUGGCUUCUACCUCACUCUUGUGCGCCGAAUGAAUCGUGAGACUCUGAAGGCCAGCUGUGACUGCACACAGAACUGCUCCUGUAAUUGCUCAAAGUGUUCAAGAAUUAAAGCAGAGCAGAAAGAAAGCCAGGCCUCAGACAGACAGCUGGAUGGUAACGUGGAAAGCAURACAGCCCUGGUUCAUCAUCACGUGCCUCAGGCCCGUCUCAUCCAGGCCGUGGGUCAGGAYCUGACCUUCCUGCUGCCCAAUCAGAACUUCCAGCCCAGAGCCUACGCCAGCCUCUUCAGGGAGCUGGAGGAAACGCUGGCAGACAUCGGCCUCAGCAGCUUUGGUGUGUCAGACACGUCACUGGAGGAGAUUUUUCUGAAGGUGACUGCAGACGGGAAUGCAACCAACAGGAAGUGGAAUCAAGAAAAGCAACGGCRGCAGCAGAGCUCUGCAGCGAGUCUCUGUGGAGUCAACAGAGUGGCUGCUGAUGUGGAAGCACAGAAAGAAUCCAACGGUCAGGGUCCGAGUGAGACCCCAGAYGGCAGUGCGGGACGAGGAACCUACCAGGUCCGAGGCCCGUUUCUGAUCAUCAAACAGUUCUUUGCUCUGCUGAUAAAGAGGUGGCACCACGCCACACGCUCCUGGAAAGACUUCAUUGCUCAGAUCGUUCUCCCAGCCAGCUUCGUCUUCCUGGCUCUGACGUUUACGCUGAUAGUUCCACCGUUUGGAGAGUAUCCCAGUCUGACCCUCAGCCCCUGGAUGUACGGGCGACAGUACACCUUCUUCAGCAAUGAGCGACCRGUUGAUCCUGACAUGAGAUAUUUUGGUGAAGUUCUGCUGGACAAGCCUGGUUUUGGGACUCGCUGCAUGGCUGAUGAACCUCUGGAGGAUUUCCCGUGUAAUAACAUCACCACAGAGUGGGAGAUGCCCCUGGUGGACCCCGCCCUCAUAGAAAGACUGGAAGGCCCAGAGUGGUCCGACCUCAGACCGUCUCCAAAAUGUCAAUGCAGCACUCCUAAAAAACUCACCAUGCUCCCCGAGUGUGCAGAGGGAGCCGGAGGCCUGCCUCCACCACAGAGGAUCCAGUCAACAGGAGACGUCUUAAUGGACCUGACUGGUAGGAACAUCUCUGAUUACCUGGUAAAAACCUACCCCAGUCUCAUCAGAACCAGCUUGAAAAGUAAAUACUGGGUGAAUGAACAAAGGUAUGGGGGUGUAUCAGUGGGGGGACAGCUUCCUGUUUUAGGAGUGCAGCCAAAGACCAUUCAGGAUGUAGCAGUUCAGCUUGGACGACUUCUAAAUAUUACAGGGGGUAAAUACUCCAAUCAGACUCUUGGMGACAUUGGGACGUUCCUCAGGUACAUGGAGACUGAAAACUGUGUGAAGGUGUGGUAUAACAACAAAGGCUGGCACGCCAUGGUYGCUUUCAUGAAUGUUGCUAACAAUGCCAUUCUCCGUGCAAAUCUGCCCAAAGGAGCUAAUCUAGACGAGUAUGGAAUGACUGCCAUCAAUCAUCCUCUGAACCUGACCAAGGAGCAGCUCUCUGAGAUCACUGUCCUGACCACCUCGGUGGACGCAGUGGUGGCCAUUUGCGUCAUCUUUGCCAUGUCCUUCAUCCCGGCCAGCUUCGUCCUCUACCUCAUCCAGGAGCGGGCCACCCAGGCCAAGCACCUGCAGUUUGUCAGUGGAGUCAGUCCUCUGGUGUAUUGGACRGCCAACUUCCUGUGGGACAUGGUGAAUUACUCCAUCAGUGCAGCCAUGGUGGUGAAAACCUUCACGUUCUUUGAGAAGAAAUGUUACACCUCACCAACCAACCUGCAGCCACUUAUUGCCCUGCUGAUGCUUUACGGCUGGUCAGUGACACCGAUGAUGUACCCCAUGUCCUACGUCUUCAGCGUCCCCAGCACCGCCUACAUCUCUCUCUCGUGCAUCAACCUGUUUAUCGGCAUCAACAGCAGCGCCGUCACCUUCAUCCUGGACCUYUUUGAGAGCACCACAGUGUUGUACAGGUUCAACCAGAUGUUAAAGACGGCGCUGCUCAUCUUUCCUCAUUACUGCCUGGGCAGGGGGCUGAUCGACAUGGCUGUGAACCAGGCUGUGACGGAUGUUUACGCUCGCUUUGGUGAGGAUCACAGCCCAGACCCCUUCCACUGGGACUUCAUUGGGAAGAACCUGUUCUGCAUGGCAGCUGAGGGGUUUCUCUAUUUUAUCCUCAACAUAUUUUUUCAGUAUCGCUUCUUCCUGGAUCACUGGAUUCCAGAUGGCCCAAAACCUCACAUGUUGGACYAGGACAAAGACGUGGCCGAGGAAAGAGAGAGGAUCCUCAGGAACSAACAAACAAAUGAUAUUUUACGCAUCAAAGGCCUGACCAAGACAUACAGGGGGACAUUUGUCCCUGCAGUGGACCGGAUCUGUGUUGGAGUCUCACCUGGAGAGUGUUUCGGUCUUGUGGGGGUAAACGGAGCAGGAAAGACCACAACAUUUAAGAUGCUGACCGGAGACAUCGACGUGACGUCAGGAGAGGCGAUGGUCUCUGGUUACAGCAUUUUGACUAACAUCCUGGACGUCCAUCAGAACAUGGGUUACUGCCCACAGUUUGAUGCCAUCGAUGAGCUGCUGACCGGCAGAGAACAUCUGCACCUCUACGCWCGCCUCCGAGGGGUUCCAGAGUCUGAGAUCAGCAGGGUGGCAGAUUGGGCCAUCCAGAAACUGGGCCUGUCGGAGUACGCGGGUCGAAGUGUGGGGACCUACAGUGGGGGUAACAGGAGGAAACUCUCCACGGCCAUCGCCAUGAUCGGCUGUCCUGCUCUGGUGCUGCUGGAUGAGCCUACCACAGGGAUGGACCCACUGUCCAGACGCUUUCUGUGGAACUCCAUCAUGGGUGUAAUCCAGGAGAACCGAGCAGUGGUCCUCACCUCUCACAGGUAAACUCUAAAUCAAUGUUUGUGUGGAUUAGAAUUAGA